AUGCCUCACUCCAAGGUUCCCGGCGGCCAGGCCCCAAGCGACAAGUUCCUGAAGCAGCAGGCGCAGUCCCACGGCCUCGGCGCUGACAACGCACCGGCGCACAAGGAGGGCGGCGCACCGGGCGAUGCCCCCGUCGCCGGCGACUCGUACACGUCCAAUGUCGGCGUCGGCGCGGAUGCCACCAACGUGCCCGGCGAGCAGGGUGACGUCGGCCAGAAGAUCAACGAGAGGCCUGCUCAGUGA